UCUCUCUCUCUCUUUUUCUUUUUUCUGUUUAAUGAGAAACUACAGACAAAAUUUCUUUUGACGUUAAAAUAUUAUUGGGUAAUUAGUGAAAAUUCCGAUUCCCUAUAUAUAUAUACAUACACGUGUAUAUACGUGUAUAUACGUGUAUAUAUCGGAAAAGAAGGAUCUCAUAUAAUCGGCGCCAGAAAUUCAUCAACCACCGACGAGAAAACCUCAACGGAUAACAAAAAUGAAUAGCAAGAGAAAAAUUCGUUCCAAUCCUACUAGGUCACCAAGAGCAAGAGGACCACAAGAUAGAUAUGUGGCAGCUGAAGGUGUUUACAGCAAUGCUCAUUUUAUGCAUGCUAUCACUUGCCAUGUUGGUAAUGUAGUACAGAUUCAGACACAAAAUGGUUCGGUAUAUGAAGGAAUUUUUAGAACUUUCUCCUAUAAUUUUGAUGUCGUCUUAGAGAUGGCACAUCGAGUAGACAGUUCAGGAAAGAUCAAUGUUGACAGUUUGGUUGAAAAAUUGAUUUUUAAGCCACACGAUAUAAUAACAAUAUCUGCUAAAAAUGUUGAUCUAGAGUAUGCUCUAAGAGACACUUUUCAAACAGACACUGCUAUUAGUAAAUUUAAUGGUAUAGUUGGAGAGAAAGAACUUGAGCCAUGGGAUGCACCGUCUACUAUGAAUGGCGACGACUUAGAAUUAGAUGGUGCUGCUAAUGGGUGGGACGUAAACGAAAUGUUCCGCAAGAAUGAACAAAAAUAUGGUGUUCAAACGACAUUUGAGCCAUCGUUAGUUGGUUAUACUUUCCAGCUUCAGCGUAAAGAUACAAAAGACUAUAAAGAGCAGGAGCAGAAAGCAGCUGAAAUAGCUAAUGAAAUAGAAUCUCAGCCAAAUCAUAAGGCAAGAUUAGAACUAGAGAAUGGCGAUGAAGAGGAAAGAUUUGCAUCUGUUAUAAGGCCCAAUGAAGGUAAAUAUGUUCCACCUCCUCUGAAAAAGAAAAAUUGGGAUACAGGGAAACUAAUAAGAUCUACACCACCACCCUCGUCACCAGGAUCUGCAACUAGCAAAUCUUCAUUUAAUCAAGCACCAUCGUCAAAUGUUAAUGUAUCGCCUAACAUCUCAGUUGGCCUUCAAGCCUCCCAUAGCUCAGUGCAACAUCCAGUACCUCUUAACAUGGCAAUGCCACCAACUGGAGUAGUUGUACAUACUACUUACAACACUCCGCCACCAUUUGUGUCUCCAACGACGCAAGCAUCUUCUGCAGCAAUGCAGCAAACUUCGUCGCAAUCUCAGACUACUCCUGCAAUUCCCCAAGCAACUUACCCUCAACAGCCCCAACAACCAUCGCAGCAACAACAACAACAACAACAACAGCAGCAGCAGCAACAACAACAGCCCCAACAACAACAACCGCAACAGCAACAACAGCCUUCGAAUAAAAUAAAUACAGAAAAGCGUGAACGUCCAGGCAGACAACAGGUGUUUCAAGCGGAUAAAGCUCCACCUGCUCCCUUUUCACAGCCAAAUGUUAGUUCAUCUUCUCAUCAACAACAACAGUCAGCAGGACACCAACAAAAUUCAACAGAUAUUCAACGCAUUGAAAUAAUUCCUCAUAAACCAGAUCAUAGAAAGAUCCCAACGCCAAGAAGUCGAGAAGAACAGCACUCAGAACUAAGACAGUUUUCGACAGAUUUUAAAUUAACUGAUUCAACUAAUCAGGAAACAUCAUCCAUUCCUCGUAAACAACAGCAGCAGCAUCAUAACCAGGAUACUCAUCCAACAUCACAAAUUUCUCAGCAACAUCAUCAACCGCAUAAUGUAUCUCAACCACAGCAUCAAAUUCAGCCACAGCAUCCAAGUUCGCACCAGCAGCAUCAAACAGCUCAAGAAGAGUCUGUUGUUACUACAAAACCACCACCGGGGCCAUUACCUAUACGAUCUACAAGCCCAUCGCAAACUCAACAACAACAACAACAGCAGCAACAACAACAACAACAACAACAGCAGCAGCAGCAACCGCAACCACAACAAAAUUCUUCUAUUGUGCAAUCAAAUGUGCAAGAACCAACAGUUGAAAAAAUAACUAAUGCUUUCAAAAAAUCUACUUUAAAUCCUAAUGCCAAGGAAUUUAAUCCCAAUGCUAAGCCCUUUACACCUCGAUCUCCUAGUACGCCAACACCUAGCCGACCUCACACACCACAGACACCACAGUAUACGGGUGCUACUAUGCCGGCAACUGUUGUCAUGCCAGCAUAUGUAAUGACUAGCCAACCGCCAACUGCAUUCAGUCAACCACCAGCACAAUCUGUAACUAGAUUUAGAAAAGUGCCAAUGAUGCAACAUCGAGCCCCAGAUAUAGCAUCUCAAAUGCAAGUAGCUGCAGCAACUGGACAACCGUUAUUAGCACCAGCUCCUUUACACCCACCAUUCCAGGUGUCUUACCCAGGUCAACCAACUUAUCAACAAAUGGUACGAAUGGUACAGGCGCCACCGCCACCACCACACAUGUCAACGAACCCUUACCAUCAUCAUCAUGAUUCACCAGGGCCGCAAGCUCCUGGUAUACAAUACAUGGGUCCGCACACGCACCCGCAUCCACAUGUCCCUCAACAGCCACCAAGUCAAACACCUUCUCCGGCUAAUCCUAAUCCACCACAUACGCAAAGCGCAUACAAUCCUCCUGGAACUCCACAACCUACGUAUCCGCAACCACCUCCACAAGGACAUGCUCCAAGUUAUCCUAUUAUGUGUCCCAUUAUACCACAACACUUACCGAUACCUCCACAACACAUGCAAUAUUUACCUCCUCAACCUCCGCCGGGAGCCCAACAAACAAUACCAGUCAUUUUGCCGCACAAUCAGUAGCUAUUACCAGGAAUAAACAAUGGAAAAGAUGGUUACUAGUAUUCUAUGGAGAUAGAAUAAGAUUUGUAAGUCCAAGAAACUUUCAUAAUGGUACCUAACGCUUGAAUAUGUUGCUAUUAUCUACAUUUGUAGUUACGUUAUUUUUUUUGUAAAAGAAGUUACUUAAACGUACGAACGAUCAGAAUAUUCUUUUACUUUGUUAAUUCGUUAUAUUGCACAUAUUGUGUUUUGAUUAUUUUUAUUAUAAAUAUUAAAACGAAAGAAAUAAGAUCAUAUCAUAUUGUUCUUGGUACGAUUAUAAUUGAAUACGUGGGUGAAGUUUUGAAAGCGCAUAUGAACAAGAAAGAAAAAACCAAAAGAAAAACAUAUAAAAAGUGUCGUGUCGACCGUUUUGAAAGUGAUUAAUUUUAUUGGAAAUAUGGGUUAUUUAUAAAGUAAUACCAUACUACUUACAUCUAUACAUUUAAGAUUCUCGAACGUGCUCUAUCAAUAUCAUUGGCUAUUAUAUAUAUAUAAAAAUUUAAAUAACAUCUCUUUGUAUCGAACCGAGAGGUAGCUAAUUAUUUCUUCUACAAAGAAAAAAGAAUCUGAGACAAUUUCUAAUUGUGCUAAUGUAGUAAAACGAAAUAGCGAAUAUGAAUCUUAGAUUACUUUUUUUGAGAUAUCUUUUGCUGCGUACCGUUUAGAAUUCUUGCAAUCGAGGAAAGGAAAAUAAAAAAAGGAAGAUUAAAACGAUUGAUGAUUUUCUCGCUAAUAAUAAUACGAAAGAUAUAAAUUUUGAUGCAAUGCGUUAUUCGAAUCGAAUAGAAUCGACGAUUUAUCUUUAGAAUAUUGUAAAAAUUUAAAGCUGCUGUUUUAGAACGAACGGUGUCGUAGAUGAUUGAAGUAUCUUUUUUUAUACAAAGAGAAUAAAAUAAAUAAAAUAAAUGUGUGGAGUAAUUGCUUAAAACGAAGCACGAAGAAUCUUACAUGCGAAUAUAAAACAUUUUAAGUACAAUCAAUUUCACGUUGAAAAAGAGUACCUCGACAACAUGUCGCAAGAUCCAUUAAAAAAUGAGAGGAGAAGGCUACAUCUAUAAACAUGUAAAUGCGUACAAGACAAAGAUGUAUUUGAUGCGUCGUAGUAUUGUUAAAGAUAGUAUUAAUGUCAAUGCGACAAGAUUACUAAAUGAAAUGAAAAAAAGGACUUUAUUUGUACACGAGUACUAUUUUAAAGUCUUGUUUGAUUUAAGAAACGAAUUGAACAAUUCCAUAUUAUACAAAAGCACGAAGCGGAAAACGUUAUUUUUACGUUGUGACGUGAAAAUGAAUGAAACAAAUAAAAAAAAUAAAAAAUGAAGGAAAAAUGGUACAAGUGCUAUUUUAUCAAGAACUUUGAUGGCUUUAUUGCUAACGAGAAAGAUUAUAAAUCGCCUUUUUUCCUUAUAUUGAAUAGAACAAAGAUAGACCGAUUUAAUUCGCUCUCAUGUAAUAUCAUUCGAAUGUUAAAUAAGUUAAUCCAAAUAAUAAUGUCCAUCGUGUGAUAAUAAUUUAGAAAUUAUAAUGGCAAUGAUAACGACAAUGCUGUUGCUGUUGGUGUUAUUGUUAUUGUUGCUGUUGCUGUUGCUGUUGCUAUUGCUGUUAUUGAUUUUUUCAUGUUUUUUAUAUCAAUUUCAAUAAUGUACAUUGAAUUGAAAUUUUGUUUUUAACUAAAGUAUUGCAUGAUAAGUAUGUAUGAUUUUAUAAAGAUUCUAUAAAAAGAGGUGAAGAGAAAAAAACGUGAAAAAAACGAGAAAAAUAUCUUAAAAUUGAAUAUUAAAAUAGAUUAUGUUUAAAUGAAUGACAGCAAUCUGUUGGCAACUAUAAUACACGAAUGCUCUAAUAAAGAAUGAAAAUAAGCGAAGCGAUUAUGUAUAAGUAAAAAUAUUAAUAAUAAUGAUGAUAAAAAAUGAUCGAUCGAUCAAUUGAUUGAUUUAUUGAUUGAUUGAUUGAUUGAUUGUGCAUCAUUCAACGGAGUCAUGCAUAUGCAAUUUGUUAUAAAAGGAAAGAUAAAUACUACGGCCUUAGACCUAGUCGUGUGUAUAUAAAAGUAAACAAGGUGAGCCUCGAUCGAAAGAUAAUACAGAGUCCGGCAUUGUUAGACACAAAUUUUAUAUCGAAGAGAUUUAAAAAUGCAUCAAAAUAAAGUCAAUGCGUUAAAAAUUGAA